AUGCGCAAUGUCGCGUACAAACAGCGCAUCGCUAAGUACUACGACUCCCGAGUCAAAGCCCGUGCUUUCAAACUUGGGGACUGGGUCAUGCGCAAGAUUUCCUUGGCCACCAAGAAUCCCACUGAAGGUACCUUGGGCCCAACAUGGGAAAGUCCUUAUGAGGUUACCAAAGUCUGCCGCCCCGGCACUUAUCAGCUUCGUGACACCAAGGGCAAGACCUUGCCUCAUCCUUGGAAUGCUGAUCACCUCAAGUACUACUAUAAGUAA